UUAUGUGGCAGAGAAAAUCGGAGGCCUGUGCCGUAAGAAGGAGGAAGAUGUGGCUCCGGUCCCGUACUCAUGCCCAAUAACAGCAAAGCCGAAAUUCAAUGGUUCUCCCGAACAAGUAACAACAGUGAAUUCAGAAACCCAAAAACAAAAUGUCCCCAAAGAAGAUCCACCAGCCAAGUCAUGCAGAUCCUGAGGGUAGUGGGACCCAGUCAUUUGGGCUGGGCAAGAACAACACUUUAACCUCCUAAAGUUGGAUCCAUGCUCCUCAACCUUCAUCCUUUGUUCCAGUUUAGAACCCAGGGGCGUCAACAAAUUAAUUUCCUUUAUUGGUGAUGGUACCUGUUGCUUCAU